UUCAACCCCACCAUCGUAUCCGGAUUCAAUCUGAUAGUCAAAGUUGUGCUCUUCAUAUCACAUUCGCUUUCUUUUCCACGAUUCCCUCUUUUCUUUCUUUUCUUUUUUGGGCUCACAAUAAGCCAAAAUCUUUUUUUAUUUUCAUGCUCCAAACCACAUUUCAAUUCCCUGUAAUUUCAUCUCUCCAAAAUGGAAACAAUCAGACCCAAAUCAGCUUUGAACCACAGCAACAAUAAGAGCAGGCUAGCAAGAACUUUCCAGAAAGUAAUCAACCUAAGAACUGCAACAAGAAUUGCUUCAAGCAAUGGGAUUGGAACCUCUGUUCUCAUAUCCCAACAUAAAUUCCCACAGGAAGGUUCAAUCCCAGGUCAGAAAACUUCUUCCCAUGCAGACAAACAUGGGGGCUCCAAGCUUAAGCAAAAAGCAGUUCUGGAAGCUGUGGUUGCCAAGGUUUUUGCUAGUGUUACUUCUAUCAAAGCUGCUUAUGUUGAGCUGCAAAUGGCUCAAUAUCCGUACAACAGUGAUGCUAUUCAGGCUGCUGACCAAGCUGUUGUGGAAGAACUCAGAGCUCUUUCAGAGCUAAAGCGAAAGUUUUUAAAGAAAGAGCUUGAUCUUUCACCUCAAGUUACUUUGAUGCUCGCGGAGAUUCAGGAACAGCAAAGCUUGAUGCGAACUUACGAGAUCACAAUCAAGAAGUUGGAAUCUGAUGUUGAAGAAAAAGAUUCAGACAUUGCUUUACUCCAUAAGCAGCUUGAAGAUUGCACUGCUGUUAACAAGUCUUUAGAAAAGAAACUAAACUCCAGUGGACCUUUGUCAAUGUUUGAUAAUAUCCAGUUUACAACGUUGAAUCCAAGUCAUUUUGUGCAAGUUUUACACUGUACUUUGAGAUCUGUUCGCAGUUUCGUGAAAAUGAUGAUCAAGGAAAUGGAGUUAGCCAAGUGGGAUCUUGAUUCAGCUGCUCAAACCAUUGAACCUGGAGUCGUUUUUGCAAAACAAAGCCACAGUUGCUUGGUAUUUGAAUCUUUUGUGUGUAAAACAAUGUUAGGAGACUUCAAUUGCCAUGAUUUUGGGCUCACAAAAGAUUCUGCCUCAAAAAAACUCGACCCUGAGCAGUAUUUCAACAAAUUCAAGAACCUGAAAUCUGCUCACCCAAAAUCCUUUUUAGUUCAAAAUCCGAACUCUUCUUUUGCUAAAUUCACCAGAACCAAGUACCUCAACCUGGUCCAUGCCAAAAUGGAAUGUUCCUUUUUUGGAAACUUGAACCAAAGGAAGCUAGUUGCCUCUAGUGGGUUCCCGGAUACAGCCUUUUUUACAGCUUUUGCAGAGAUGGCUAGGCGCUUUUGGCUCUUGCAUUGCCUGGGAUUCUCAAUCCAUGAUCAAGUUUCAGUCUUUCAGGUAAAGAAAAAUUGUAAAUUCUCUGAGGUUUACAUGGAAAAUGUGAGUGAAGAAUCUCUUUUUUCUGGUGAAAUCAACGACGCAAAUGUUGAUACUAGAGUCAGUUUCACGGUGGUUCCAGGGUUCAAGAUUGGUAAAACUGUGAUACAAAGCCAAGUUUAUUUGCCUCCGGAGACUAUUCCUCCGGUGAGUCGUUGAUCAUUUUUUUUUUUUCGAGAAUCAACAUAUAGUACUUCAUUAUUAGAUGAAUAAAUUAAGAUGCUAUCCACGCCCGUAUGGUACACGCACCGCUAUGGGAAAGUUGGGGAGAGUGGAGUCGAGUGCUAUUUUCAAGUGGGGUUUGUGGACUCGUGGUUUAAGGUUUAUAUUUCAACUUCAGAAGUUCAGUUAUCUCCCAGGUUAUGGGAAAGAAAGCGGAGCGUGGAGCGGCGCGUGGGUUUUGGUCUAUGGAAUAGUAGUGGCUGAUAGCACCACCAGCAUCCGGACCCACAGCCCAAAGUGGC